AUGGCAUCUGUGUACGCGUCGGUGGAGCCACAGUUCACGCGCGAGCUGCUGUCGCCCGGUCUGCGCGUGGGCUACACAGACGAAGGCGGUGUAUGGCAAUUCCUAGCGCCCUCUCUAUCGCAGCGUCUGCCUCUUCGCGCCAUCGAGUGGCGCAACCUCGUAGGGGUGACGAAGCGUAUCGACCAAUUGCCACUGCACUUUGACGAAAUCUCGGUUCAAAAUGUGAAGAAAGACCUCCCGCUUGCCUGCAUUUACCUGGUCAAAUGCGAGGAUCUAGACAGCUACCGGAGCGUGGUCCGGCCUCCAUUGGUCGCCUGGGUGGACGCCAUGACGGCGGCAAAGGUCGAGUGGCUUGUGCUCUACGUGCCAUUGGGCACACGUCCCAAAGCAGCGGGCAACGUGCCCAACCCCAUCUACAGGAAGAUUUUUGACAGGUUGCGAGCUGAUUAUGCCCAUAGGAAGGGCGGACCACUCCUUGGUGGAGCCAUUGGCCCCGCUUCGGCCCAUUUGGCUCUACAGGAGAGAGUGUGCAAGAUCGACACACUGGAGGGGGCAAGUGUACUGGGACAGCGGCAGCAACACGAGUCUCAAUGGACAGAACUGCUGCUGAGACUGCGACAUUGUGUCAUGGACGCGUUCCAGACCAAAUGCUUCCAGUACGAGGAGAGUCUCCGGGUGCUGGACGCUAAGCGAAGGUCCUCCGGGUGGGACUUCGGAGCCUUUUUCUUGGCGAAGGAGAGACUGGCACUCAUGUAUCAGCAAAUGUAUCUACAGGAUGAUGCCAUCCGACACCUGGACGAACUGGACGCGAUUUUCGUCAACUUGAACGAGACGGAGAAGCAGGCGUUCCAAGACGGCAGCAAGACGUCGUUCACGUCUCAAGACCCGAUCUUCACGCAGUCUCCGCUGGCGCUGGAGCUACCAGAGACCCAGCAGCUGAUCGCCUCGAAUCGCGCGUCGGCUCGCCUUGUCUCGCUCUACUGUUUCUGUCGACAGAUCCGCACGCUGUACGUCAUGGGCAGCUUCCCACAGCUACUGACACGUGCCAGUUCAUUCAUCGAGACGUUUCUCGCAGAGCUUCGGGAGAUGACAGCGGAGAACGCAAUUGACUGGCACCAACCGUUUCUAUGGGCCGUGGGUGCGUGUAUGGAGGUUUCCUAUGCGUGUGAGCUCUCGUGGAGUGGCCGAGACGACGAAUGGACGGCGUCGAGUGUGUCGGUGCAAGUGGCCCAGGCAAUUCCAGUUGAAGAGAUGUCCCGCGCCCUAGGAAAUGUGCUGUACCUCGCCCGUCGUUUGCUGAAGAACUUCGCGAGGACUAGCCGAUCCAGGAACGAUCUUCGUCAACUGGAGCAGGUGUUUGUGGCUCCAAAGCUGCGACGAGCUGCCGAUGUGUGUGAGCCGUAUGAACGGUCUCUGUCGGAGGUAUCGCACUUAGCUUCCAUGUACUUCUCGCAGUCUGGACGACAUCGGUUCGCUGUAUUUCUUGGAGGGGAGUGCGCACGGUACCAUCUAGCACGUGGAGAAUUCGAAAGUGCGUCGAGACUGUUGCGGUCGCUGGCUCGACAAAGCGAGGAAGACGGUUGGUGGACGAUCUUUGGAGCUUGUGUGCGCAGUAUCUGUCGUGCAGAGCUGGCGCUGGGGCGAUCGACACAGGCAGUGGCAGCGUGCUUCAGCAUGUUGCAGCUUGCGCAGGAGGAGCAGGUUGGUGUGAGUAAAGAAGAGAUGGAAGAGCUCAUGGUUGCUCUUGUGGCUAUCAACAUGGGUGAGCUAUUCAGACCGACAGUAGCCGUGGAGACUACGCAGUCAAGUGGCAGCGCUCUAGAGCACGGAGACGUUCGAGUUACGUUAGGGAUCGCCAAUGAUUUCCCGGCUGGAGUGCAGUUGGAACAGGUUCGCAUUCGAAACGUCCAGCUCGAUGAGAAAACAGGCGUGAACGUGGUGUUUCUGCACUCGGGGGUUCCUGUGGGGCAUUACACUUGUACUGGGAUUGAAUGCGUUCUUGCCGGGAACUCCUUUCGCUUGCUUCCUCCCAGUGCACUUGCUCUGGCCAGUUUUGAGAUCGCUGCGAGGGAAAGCACGGUUCAGGUUGCCAUUGAAGGUGCACCGCUGCUGAUGCCAAGACCUCUGGCUCACGUGGAAACUGUAAUUGUCUCGAUCCAAGCGAAUGAUGACGUGGUGGCCAAUGGAACGCUCGAGAUGCGAGUCUUCAAGCAGGAGUGUGGCAUCCACAACACAUUGCGUGUGGCUAUGCCUGCAUUAUCCCGUGGAGGCUUCCUCUCAUAUGUCGUAUCUCUAGCGGUGCCUCCAAUUGAUCAGAGUGACCUCAGCUCUGAACUAGAAGACGAGGAUGGCAGUACUACCAGCGUUACAGUUCGAGCGAGUGUACGGUAUCACCGGGAGGCGCUGGAUACAAGCGUCUCAUCAACGACAACCGAAGUACGUUGCGCUGAGUCGACGUUCCGCGUGCUUCAGCCACUGACGGAAGUGGUGCGACUGAAACGCGUUGGCGCACGGAUCUUCGCCUCGAUCGCUCUCACAUGCAACCCUUUUAUCCCCGUUGUUAUCCAGGACUACAAGUUGAUAUGCCCCGACCAAGAUACCGUCGCUCCUGAGCAGAGUCCGCUAUUAACCGUAGAGCAGGACCCGAACAUCAAGCUGCGAGGGACAAAUCUGCGUCCAAACGACUGUGUACAUUUCGCCUUCUCUUUAACUUGCAGCGCUGGCUUCGACAGGGACGUUGGCAACAGCUUCUGCUCGCUGCAAUUGGAGCUGAAGUAUGACGAGAGAUGGCUGAAAACCGUGAGAAUUCAGUUGCCACUGACAGAAGUUCAAGGCAAACGCUACCGAAUCGACGUCCUGCCGAGGGUCCAAGACAUGACACGCACGUUGCCUGGGGAUGCAGUUGAGGCCACUGCGAGUGAGCCGAUGACGUUCCAUGUCCACGUACAAGAAGAAGCUUCGCGGUCGAACAAGCCUGCGUUGGCCGAUGGGGCGAGUGUGUUAUCUCUGUGUCUGAAUGAGAGCAGCGAGCGAGACUGGAUCCUCGUGGGGAGACAACUGGAACGCUUUACGCUGGAUCCGUGUCCAGGAACUCACGAUCAUUGCAGACGCGAGUUCAGUACGCAGAAGAGGCUCCUGGCCACCCGCACAGGUCAACUACGUUUCCCUGCAUUCCGCCUUGAAGUCAACGGACAAAGUAUCCCAGCAGCACGCGUUCACUGCCAACAAAGCAGUCGACGAGUAAUUGUAAGUUAA